AUGGCGCUACCCCUGGGCAAGCUGGGGGAUCUGGUGCUGAAGACGCUCAGCAAGCCGCUCGCCAAGGCCAUUAAGCGCCGCGCCGCCAGCCACCCCAAGUUCCGCGCCUCCAUCGCCAACUGGGCGCAGGUGCGUGCGCACAGAGGCUCCGCGCGAAGGGCUCCGCGUGUGGGGGCCACGCAUAGGUUGCGCGCACAGCCUCCGCGCGUACUGAGCGUGGUUCCGCACAUAGGGUGCGCGCAUUGCUACCCCAAGUUCUGCGCGUUCAUCGCCAACUGGCGCCGGUGGGUGCGCGCAGGGACGCCACGCUCACCGCGCACACCUCCCAUUGUCGUCCCCAACACCUGCUUUUGCUUCCCGCCGUCCCUCCUCACGCCCCUCCUCCCGCCAUCCCCUCUCUCCCCCAUUCUCCCUCUCCCCCUUUUUCCCCCUCUUCCCCGCCUCUCAACGCCCCUCAGGGCUUCCCCUCCCCCCUUCCCCCCUUCAACCCCCCCCCCCCCUUCCCCCUCCCCAGGGCUACCACCGGUUCACGGUGCGGCUGCAGAGGCGGCUGUACGGGCAGAAGGGGGAAGACGACCCUACCCUCUCACCACCACUCCCCUCCCCCCUUCCCCCCUUCAACCCCCCCCCCCCCUUCCCCCUCCCCAGGGCUACCACCGGUUCACGGUGCGGCUGCAGAGGCGGCUGUACGGGCGAGGCAGGUUAGGCCUACCCACUCACCACCGCUGCGCCCCCCCUCUCUCUUCCCCCUGGCAGGGCUACCACCGGUUCACGGUGCGGCUGCAGCGGCGGCUGUACGGGCAGGCCCCUGCGGGGCACAUCAAGCGGUUGAACGAGGAGAAGGCCGUCAACACCGCCAGCGAGGUGGUGGGGGAGCUGAUCGUGUUCGCUGUGGCGGGGGGCGUGGUGUUCAUCGAGGCGGCUCGGAGCGCGCGGUCGAAUGCGCGCAAGGAGGCCAAGCUGAAGCAGGAGCGCGAGGCGCUGCACGAGAGGGACAGGCAGCUGGAGGAGGAGGCGACGCGGCUGAGGGAGCGAGUGGAGCAGCUUGAAGAGGCUCUGGCUGCUGACGUCUGGCUACCACGAGCAGCAGCAGGGGAUGGGGUGGUGAGGAUUAACGACAUGGAAGGAGGGGAUGGGGUUGUGGAGGGGGGUGGUGGAGGGGAGGAAGAGGGAGGAAUGGACGGAAAGGCGAGAGUUGGUACAAUCAGUUGA